UUUUCCUUGUUUUGGAGUGUAACGAGCAGGGUCACGUGUUCACGUCUGGUCGGCUUAAUUCGCAAUUUCUCCACUUAAAAUCCCAGUGUUUCGCGGUGAGUCGUUUGCAGAUGUCGAAGGAACGAUGCGAAAUAUUUUUGUGUUAUUAUUGGCAAAAAGAUAUAUGAACAUUUUUUCUCUCUCUCUCUCUUAUUUUUACGAUUAACAAUGUGUCUACGCGUGGUUGAUUUAAUUCGAAACCCCUCCACUUAAAACGAUAAUGCGAAUGCCAAAUGUAUGUGGAGUGUUCCCGUUCCAGAAACAAAAAUAAGAUUGAUGUUUAUUUGUCGUGCGGAACGAUCCAAUAAACAUCUUACGUUGAUUCGAUUAACUGUGCUUCCGGAUAUAUCGGUUCUUGUUAAUAUGUUGAACGUCGCAUGAUUUAAAGAAGAAUAAAUUUACAUAUCGAAGACUUUAAUGGGGAUGUAUAUCGGGAAUUGACGAGAAAUGUUUCCCAAUGUAAUAGUACCAGCAAUGUCCUUGGAGGAAUCGCGGCGUUCGCAGCGUCCGUACAGGUACGGGAUGGUUCUCCUUUGCGUUGGUGCACUGAUAAACUGGUUAGGCCUCGCGGAGAACUACGUCGAACCGGUACGAUAUGUCGGUGUUGCUUGCAUAAUAGCAGGCGCUCUUCUCAUAUGUGCCGCAAUGUGUUGUUGGCUGCACGCACCGCCAAGUAGGGCAGCCAUGCACACACAACACACAAAUCAUCCAAUCACAGCACAAAUAGAUGAUCCGAUCCACGUGAUCUCCAUCGAAGAACCAUCUAGUGUAUCCAGACAAAAACCACCAGAUUACGAGGCGGUCACGGAUGCGCCACCUAGCUACGAUGAUGCCAUCAAGUUAAAUCCUAGUCACCUAUUUAGAAACAAUAGUAGCACGUUGUCGUUGCCAACUGUGCACACCAUGGUCCCUAGAACAGUGGAGAUCGUUUCUAGGGACCCUACACCAUCACCACCGCCGCCUUACGCGAGGUGAGAUAUUUGGCAGCAGCAAUAAUGAUCGCAGUUAAACGAAAGGCUUGCGGUGUGCUGGAGGUCCAGCGUAUUGCAAUACAAACUACAGAUUGCCCGAGUACAAAAGUGGGUGCGAAGAACUCCGUCAUUUGUUGUAACUGUCACGGUACCGUUAAUGAUAGGGGUUGCACUUGAAACAACCAUUUACGGCGGAUAAUUAUAUCUCGUCGUAGCACUGGACCUUGUUUUAGUAGAUUAAAGAUUUGUGUUCAAUGAAUCAAGCAAGUCCUCCAUACAGGGCACCGCAUUUAUCACUGUAUCAACACAACGAUACACGGUCGAAGGUAGAAUCGAAGGUGGUGGAAGCAUCAACUGAUUUAACGAUCACGAUUUGAUUGAUGGACUCCAAAUGGUGAAAAAGACGAAGAUGGCAAAUCGUCGAACGUUCGCAAGAAACUCGAUGAACGAAAAAAACGGAAGAACGAAAAAAAAGAAGAGUCAAUGGAGAUGUGAACAUUGUGCCUUCCUCAAAACGCCUAUUAUUACACAGAGAGAGAGAGAGAGAGA